AUGGGUGAUGAACGAGUUGGUGAGUUGCAUAGUGAUGAACCUUUUGAGCAUGAAUUAACCGACAAUGAUGAAAUGUAUGAGGAUGAUGAUGAUGAUGAUGUGGAUGAUGCACCUAAUGCACCCAUUGAAGAUCAAAGUAUUAAUCAUCAUUCUACAGUGAUUCCAUACUUAGAUCACAUUGAAGAAAGUGCAGAAGAUUUUAUCUAUACAAGAGAUGAUGGUUCUAUCCAAACGGCACUUUGGAAUCCGAACAAUCCUAAAUAUAUUCAAUCAGGUAUGCUAUUUAUGAAUAAGAAGCAAGUGAAAUCUGUCGUAAGAGCAUAUAGUCUUACAAUAAAAAAAGAAUUUCUUUGUGAUCAAUCCAAGAGUAAAAGUUGGAGAGUUAUUUGCAAGCGUUAUGAGUUGGGGUGUAAUUGGAUGAUUCGCUUUAGAGAGAUUUCAAGUGAUAUAUGGAAGGCAGGAAAAAUGAUUGAACCGCAUACUUGUCUUACAGAUAAUUAUACGGAGGAUCAUUUCAAUUUGAAUAGUAACAUGAUUCUCACUUCAUUGAUACUAUUUGUUAUGCAAAAUUCAGACAUAAAUAUUAAGAUGAUCCGUGAAAUCAUCAAAGGAAAGCAGCACUAUACUCCUAGUUAUAAAAAAGCACAAAAAAGUCGGAGAAAAGCAUUUUAA